CAAUCCCCCCUCCGUCAUCCUCACCAAACUAUUUCCAUCCCCUGUCUACCUUCAAUCAUCAUUGAAUCCGUUUUACCAUCAUCUAGUUAUCAUACUUUCGCUUUCCGAUCUACCCCCUGUUAACAAAAUCGUUUGGGAAAGCUAAAGAUACAAAAUAACGUUACAUCGCCGAAGAAAUGCCUGGAUUAACAUCCGCCUCUGGUUUAAUCGGCCUUUUGGAUGAACCAGAUCAGCAACUGAAAUGCUAUGCGCUACAGAACCUGGAUAAGCUGGUGGAUCAGUUUUGGGCUGAGAUUGCCGAUAGCGUUUCGAAAAUAGAAGUCCUUUACGAGGAUGAUCAGUUUUCUGAACGUAACCUUGCUGCAUUGGUAGCUUCGAAAGUUUACUAUCACCUCGGUGAAUAUAAUGAAUCAAUGAUGUUCGCCUUGGGGGCUGGAGACUUGUUUGACAUCACUGCGAAAAGCGAAUAUGUUGAGACCAUUAUCUCUAAAUUUCCUCAAAAGGCUGACCCUAGGUUGCAAGAUAUUGUAGAGCGAAUGUUCCGGAAAUGCUACGAAACAGAAGAUUACAAGCCAGCUAUAGGGAUCGCUAUUGAAGCUCGAAGACUCGAUGUCGUUGAGGAGGGAAUAAAUCUAGCAAGCCGACGGAGUAAAGAUAAGAAAGGGAAGGAAAAGAGCUGUGAGGAGGAGAAGGAUGGUGGGGUAGAGCUGAUGGAAUACGUUUUGGAGAUAAGUAUGAAUGUUGUACAGGAGAUUGGGCUUCGGGAAAAGCUUCUUCGUCUUUUGGUCAACCUUUUCCUUUCGCAAAGCAGCCCUGAUUACUUUUCUAUCAGUAAAUGCGUCAUCCAUCUUAACGAUACAUCAUUAGCCGCAAAGAUCCUUCAAGAACUUGUGCAAAAGGAGGAUAUCAAGUCAUUACUGGUAGCCUACCAGAUUGCCUUUGAUUUAGACUCCUCCGCUACUCAAGAGUUCCUCCAGAAAACCGGCAAAUACUACCGUUCAAUCCGACAGAUCUUACGUGGGACCAAGAGUAUCGAGAUUGCACUGGAGUUCCUCUUUAGAAAUAACCAUACAGAUAUGAGUAUUCUGAACAAGAUCAAGGAUUCACUUGAGGCAAGAAACUCUAUCUUCCAUACCGCCGUCACAUUUUCCAAUGCUUUCAUGAAUGCGGGAACUACUAGCGACGGGUUCUUCAGGGCAAAUCUGGAAUGGCUAAGUAAGGCCGUUAACUGGUCCAAGUUCACCGCUACUGCUGCAUUGGGUGUUAUACAUCGCGGAAACUUGAGCCAGGGGCUCAAGUUGCUAGAACCAUACCUGCCUCAGGAGGGCGUGUCUACCGGUUCUCCGUAUUCCCAAGGUGGUAGUUUGUAUGCACUGGGUCUAAUUUACGCCAACCAUGGAACAGAUGUGCUUGAAUUCCUAAGAAAGCAGUUUAAAGGUACCGCAGACGAAAUGGUACAGCAUGGUGGCGCCCUGGGCUUGGGUGUUGCCGGAAUGGCGACGGGCAACCAAGGUAUCUACGACGAGCUCAAGACCGUGCUCUGGAGUGAUUCGGCGAUCGCUGGUGAAGCUGUGGGGUUAGCUAUGGGGUUGGUCAUGCUAGGUACAGGGAGCUCUGCUUCGUUAGAAGAUAUGAUUCAGUAUGCGCACGAGACACAGCAUGAAAAGAUUAUCCGGGGCCUAGCAAUCGGUAUGGCUUUGAUUAUGUUUGGAAAACAAGAAGCUGCUGACGACCUGAUGAACACUCUUCUCGAUGACCCGGAUCCGACACUACGAUACGGAGGUAUCAUGACAAUAGCAAUGGCUUACUGCGGCACCGGCAGUAACAAGGCAAUCCGGCAGCUGUUGCACGUCGCUGUGAGUGAUGUCAAUGAUGAUGUUCGCAGGGUUUCGGUCAUGAGUCUUGGAUUUAUUCUGUUCCGAAAACCGAAUGCUGUGCCAAGAAUGGUGGAGCUUCUGAGUGAAAGUUACAAUCCGCACGUCCGUUACGGCGCCUCUCUUGCCUUAGGCAUUUCAUGUGCCGGAACUGGUCUCGACGAGGCUAUCGACCUCCUAGAGCCCAUGAUCAAGGAUCCAACGGACUUUGUCCGCCAGGGUGCACUUAUUUCAAUGGCCAUGAUUUUGGUUCAACAAAACGAUCAAAUGAACCCUAAGGUCGCUUCCCUACGAAAGACAUUUGAGGGAAUGGUGGGUGAGAAACAUGAAGAUGCAAUGGCCAAGUUUGGGGCAGCGUUGGCAUUGGGUAUUAUUGAUGCUGGUGGGAGAAACGUCACGAUUGGAUUACAAACCCAAACUGGUAGCCUGAAUCUCCCAGCCAUCGUCGGUAUGGCUGUCUUCACGCAAUAUUGGUACUGGUUCCCAUUGACGCAUUUCUUGAGCUUGAGCUUUAUGCCAACUGGUUUAAUUGGUUUGGACGAUGAAUUGAACGUGCCCGAUUUCAAAUUCUGGUCAAACACCAGGCCGUCACUCUUCGACUACCCACCAAAGGUCGAGGAAUCAGCCGAGAAAGCCCCCGAGAAAAUAGCAACUGCAGUUCUAUCAACUACGGUAAAGGCCCGUCAACGUGCCAAGCGAUCUGAGAAGGAGAAGGCUGCGAAGGAGGCUGCCGCCAAGGGCGAAGAUGCCAUGGAGACAGAUCAUACCGUCUCCACACCUAAGCGAGCAGAGAAGGAAAAAGUUGGCUACGAACUCGGAAACAUGUCUCGAGUCCUUCCAGAGCAACUAAAGUAUAUUAGUUUUAUCAGUGACGGCAGAUAUGAGCCCGUAAAGAAGCCAACCGGCGGUAUCCUCCUUCUCCUUGACCGCACCCCAAGCGAGCCCAUAAGGCUUAUGGAACUCAAAGCUCGCAAAGCGACUGCGCCCACAGCGACCGGCCCCGGCCACACCGUCGGCUCCAUCAAUGACGGCCCGGGCACCGGUGGCGCUGCAGCAGCAGUCAACGUGCUUAACGCAGAGGACGACGAAGGUGACGAGGAUGCCCCGCCACCAGAGGACUUUGAGUACAUCACGGACGGUGAGACUGAAGAGGAAUUAUAGAUUUCGACCGUUUUUUAUUUGUUUUCUCCCUCCAAAUUCCUCAUUGCUCCCUGUAAUUGACUAUGUGGUCGGUCGGUCGGGUGAAUCAGAAUUGUCCUCUAGCUUUAUUUAGCUUGGACUCUUGCAGGGGAGGUGGUAGGGCGGAGCGGAGGGGAGUGUAUUUAGUACUUAUUAUAGCCUUUUCUUCAUCCUAUCAAGUUAGCCCACUAUUACCAUCACUUUUUCUAAAAAA